UUAGAGAGCGCACCGACUGCGCGUGACUCCAUGGAGCCGGGUCGGCAGAGCUCACGCGCAUAAACCGGCACCCGCACUGUCUCUCUCGCACACACACGCACAAACACACACAGACGGUCAUGCAGUAUCCGCACGCGGUCCGUCCCGCGCCGCUCUACGCGCCCACACCGCUGCAGCCCGCGCACCCGACGCCCUUCUACAUCGAUGACAUCCUGGGCAGAAGCCCCGCGCCUCCCGCCGCCGCGCCUCCUCCCGCGCUGCCCUCUCCUCACUCCUCCUUCACAGCCGUCCACGCGCCGCCGCAGCUGCCUCCGCCGCCCUCCGGCUACAGGAGCCACGCGUGCACCGACCCGGCGCUCGCGCACCACGCCGCGCUCGCUGCCGCCGCCGCCGCCGCAGCUGCGCUCGGGGGCGCGAUCUACCCACUGCACGCGCACGCUCUCAUCAGGCACGAGCCGCUCGCGAAGCCCCUCCUGUGGAGUCCGUUCCUACAGCGCCCUGUCCACAAGAGGAAAGGAGGGCAGGUGCGCUUCUCCAACGAGCAAACCAUCGAGCUGGAGAAGAAGUUUGAGACGCAGAAGUACCUGAGCCCCCCCGAGAGGAAGCGACUGGCCAAGAUGCUGCAGCUCAGCGAGAGACAGGUAAAAACGUGGUUCCAGAACCGCAGAGCGAAAUGGAGGCGCCUCAAACAGGAGAACCCUCAGGUCAGUAAGCGGGAGGACGGGAGCUCCACAGAGAGGAGCAGUGAACUGUCUCAUGCAGAAAUCCACUCAGACUCUUCUCACGAGUCCGACCAAGAGCUGGACGUGGAGGACCACCCUGAACUCUCACCGGACUCUCACUUAUCCCUCUGAACUCUCUGACACUGCAUACAACACUGUAAAUACUGUACAAUUGUAUAUUUGUCUUCACGUGUAGGCGAUGGAGUUGCUCUGUCUCUUUGAAAUAAGUUAAUGAAUGUCUACAUUUUUGAUUGACGCCACAGAGGAUGUAGCCCAAACACAACAGACAUUUGAUUCUGGUGAUUAAUGUGUAUCUUUGUGCAACUUUAUGGCCGUAAUUCAUAAAGUCAUUAGGUCUGGAAGGUGGAAUGUACAUAUUUUCUGUAGGUCAAUAAACAGUAUCUUGCAUUAGUAAAAUCUAUUGAUCUAUUUAUCUAUCUUUUCAUUUUCAUUCUUAUUUGUUGGUUUGUUUUAAUGUUUGUUUGCAUAAACUCUGAAUUACACUAAAAUAUGUAAGUGAAAAUGGUUUUAUUGACACCAUAGACUGCAAUUGUGCUAUUUAUCCUAGUUGAGCUUUAAGGGAAGAACAAACAAGGGGAACUCUACCAAUUAAAAAAAAAGUUCUGUACAUUUCAAAGGCUGAGAUGUAAACAAAACAAAACCAUUCAGAGCAGUUUGAUGUGAAACGGUUCAUUGUAGAAAAAAGCUUAAACCUUUCCAAUAAAUAAACCAGUGAACGUA